CUUUCCAAUUUAUUUCGUCCAAACUCUGCUUCUGCUACGUGCGACUCCGACUCCGACUCCGACCGCCGCCCAGUUCGCCGGCGAGAAUUCUGCCGCCGAAUCGCUGGAUGUCUGCUACGGUGCGUCGCGUACGUAACACUCUCAAGGUGUGCUCCUCUUUGCCUUUCGUUCCCUCUUCCUCUACCUCACACACUUCACAAACACUAAUCUCUUCUACUCUCACUCUCUCCCCCAAAACCCUAAAUUCUCAACUCUCACAAUGUUGUUCUACUUCAUCUUCUUCUUCUUCUUCUUCUGUCGAUCGAAACUUCGAUUUUCUCCAACAGUUUUCACCUUUUCCACUUUCUAAUUCAUCAAAUUCUUCAAUCACUGUAAUCAAUUCGAAUGAACGGAGAAGAAUCGUAGUUGGGUUAGCUAAGCUGAUCAAAAAACAGCAAGGUUAUCUUUUGAAGGGAUUUUCUCGUAAUUUUUGCCCAUAUUUUCUUGUAAACAUCAUGAAAUUGUUGGAAAACCGGCAAAUUGCAUUUGCAUUUUUCAAAUUUUCAUUUGGGGAUGAUUCGGAGGAGACAUUGCGGUCGAGUUGCCUUGUUGCCCAUUUUUUGGCAGCCGGUGGGUUACGGUUUUUGGCACAAGAUUUGCUCUCCUGGGUCGUUGCGAGAAUUGGGUUUUAUAGGAGUUGCGAAGUAGUGGAGUUUAUGUGCCAAGAGCACCACAAGUAUGAAUCUGAUUUCUCAGUUCUUGAUUCACUUAUGCGGGCUUUCUUGAACGCAGAAAUGGGUUCAAGGGCACUGGAAAUAGUGGAUAGGAUGAGGGAGGUUGGAGCAAGGCCGAGCUUGUCAGCUGUUAACAUUCUUUUCAAAUUGUUGCUAAGGACUGGUGACUACGGUAGUGUGUGGAAGUUGUUUAGGGAUAUGGUUCGUAAAGGACCUUGCCCCAUGAAUUAUACAUUCAAUGUGAUAAUUCUUGGGUUUGUUAGAAAAGGAUAUCUCCAAAUAGGAGAGAAUUUAUUUCAUAUAAUGAGAAAGUUUCGAUGUGAACCUGAUGUUUAUACCUAUAACAUUUUGAUUAAUGCAUGCUGCAUCAGGGGUCAAACGUCAGAUGCGUUGGCUUUGUUACAUUUGAUGGUUGGAAGUGGUUGUAAUCCUAGCAUUGUUACAUUUAGUACAGUUAUUAAUACCUUGUGCAAGGAGGGAAAUGUCGUGGAAGCGAGGAAACUCUUUGAUGGUAUUCAAGAGAUAGGUGUCUUUCCAAACACUAUCAUGUAUAACACCUUAAUUGAUGGGUAUGUCAAGGCUAGGGACAUUGAUCAGGCUAACAUGCUUUAUGAAGAAAUGAGGAACAAGGGUGUAGCUGCUGAUGUUGUAACUUUUAACAUUAUGGUUGCGGGACAUUACAAGUAUGGUAGAGAAGAAGAUGUUGACAGGUUGUUGAAGGAUUUAACCAUGUCAGGAUUGCUUCCUGAUCGUUCACUGUCUGAUAUAUCAGUUGCAGGAUUGUGUUGGGCAGGACGGUUGGAUGAGGCAAUGGAAAUUUUGGAGGAUAUGCUUGAGAAAGGGAUAGCUAUCAGUGUCACUUCUUUUAAUUCUGUCAUUGCAGCUUAUAGCCAUGCAGGCCUAGAAGACAGAGCCUUUGAAGUCUACAAAAUUAUGUUGAAAUUUGGUCUGAGUCCAUCAUCUUCCACAUGCAGUUCUCUCCUUAUGGCUUUGUCCAAAAAGGGGAGGCUGCAAGAAGCAAGGGUGCUUAUGAAUGUAAUGAUGGAGAAGGGUAAUCCUGUCAAUAAAGUGGCUUUCACUGUGAUUUUAGAUGGAUAUUUCAGAACAGGUGGCGUACAGGCGGCUCAAAGUUUAUGGGAGGAGAUGGAAAGUAGAGGGAUGUCUCCUGAUGCCGUUGCCUUCUCAGCCUUGAUUGAUGGACUUUCUAAAGCAGGUCUUGUUGAGGAGGCAUACAAUGUGUUUUUGGAAAUGUUGGAGAGAGGGUUUGUACCAAAUAAUUAUGCAUACAAUUCAUUGAUUGGUGGGUUUUGUAACUGUGGAAGAUUGAGUGAAGCGUUGAAGUUGGAGAAGGAGAUGAAGCAAAGGGGUCUUCUCCCUGAUAUCUUCACCAUCAAUAUGAUCAUUAAUGGGUUCUGCAAACAGGGCAGAAUGAAGUCAGCAAUUGAUACUUUUAUGGAUAUGCACCGAAUAGGGUUGACACCAGAUGUUGUUACUUUCAACACUUUGAUCAGUGGGUACUGCAAGGCCUUUGACAUGGCUAAUGCAGACGCUUUUUUGAAUAAAAUGUAUGCCAGUGGGUGGGACCCUGAUAUUACAACCUAUAAUAUACGUAUCCAUGGUUUUUGUAGUAGUCGGAGAAUGAAUCGAGCUGUGAUGAUGUUGGACGAGCUUGUUUUGUCAGGUGCUGUACCAAAUACGGUUACAUACAACACAAUGAUGAAUGGUGUUUGUAAUGACAUAUUGGAACGUGCCAUGAUCUUGACUGCGAAAUUGCUUAAGAUGGCUUUUGUUCCAAAUAUUGUUACGACUAACUUGUUACUGUCUCAUCUUUGCAAGCAAGGGCUGCCAGAGAGGACCUUGAUGUGGGGACAGAAGUUGAGUGAGUUUUGCUUCGACUUUGACGAAAUAACUUAUAAAAUACUGGACAGGGCGUGUCGUAACAUCCAAGAAGAUGCUGGAUAUUUUAGAGAAACAUCAGGAAAGAGCCUCUUUCUAGAUUUCCUUAUGUACAUUACUUACGACUAUUUGCGUAGAUAUAGGCCCCGCAGUGAAACACGUCAAUAUUCUUUUCAACUAAUUGACAGUGGAUCUAGUGGGUCCUGCAAUGUCACGAAAAAGGGAAGUUUGUAGAACUUUAGCCUUAGAAUAUGAGAAAACCUUGCUGCAUUAACAUACAUGCCAAAAAAGUUUUCCUGGAGAAUUUUAUGUAUUUAUUGGUGAAAUUGAGGUUUCACUAAUUGUGAGAAUUAUUUGAGGAAUUGGGUUGAGAUGGUAUUAUUGAAGACCAGGUGUGCUUGAAAUUGAUGGUUCUUCAGUAGCAGUGGGAAAGUCAAAACAGCGGGUUUGAGGUUAAAAAUAAAGACAUUGUUAGACUUUUGGGUACCAUAACUUUGUUAGGCUGAGUUGAAUUGGUGGUAGAGGAAAGCAAUUAUGGUAGCUGGAGAAGCGAAGUUAGCGUUUGUUAUGGUGGGAUGAUUUUACACCAGCAGUUUCUGCUGAAAUCUUAUUUAGACAUUUGUUAAAACUUGAAAGGCAGAAGGCAUUCUUUUACCUGAAUUUAUAGUUGAGUCGAAACUAAAUACACCAUAAAUUCUCUGGUGUUUUGUAUCUUAAAAAAAAAACUUGUGUUGGGAAGAAUCAGGUCUGGACCAUAAAGUGGAAUAUAAAACCUUUCUUGGGCGUUCAGAAAUACUGAGCAAUGGUUGCUCAAGUUCUGUUUUUUGGCUCCACCUAACAUUAUGAAAAGGAGCAUAGUUGGUGGAAAACCUGCCUUAGAAGCCACUGCGGGGUCAGGGAGAAUCAAAUAUAUGUAGCCUUAUCACUACAUGCACGGAGACUAUUUAUGUGGUUUGAACCCGUGAUGCCCAGGUCGUAACGGAACAACCUUAUUGUUGUAUCAAAGCCCGCCCUCAAAAGCUACCUUAGGAGUGUUGUAGUCUCAGGUUCAGGGGACAGCUUGCUGGUUCACAAUAUGUCUGGACUUAAAACUAAAAUUAUUAAGGGAUUAUUAGGGUCGAGGCAGAGAAUUGGCUUUUAUUCACAAAGUUGUGGUGACUUCAAUGUAGCCCUUGAUAAAGCAGAAUGGUGAAAAGGAUUCAAACCUCACUUGAGUGGGAAACAAGGCUUAGUUUGGUUUGUUCUUUUGUUCGCAGUUAUAUAGUCCCGGAGAACAACUUUUUGGAUGCUCGUGGUUUUGGGAGCUUAUGAUGGCAAGAAAGUAUAUGCAUCAGAUAAUGGAAGCCAUCUCAUCUCAUAUACGUUGCAACUUGCAACAUCUGAACAUCAGAUUCAUGAACCCUUAUUUGAAGAAAAUCGAAGAACCCCAUUUAUGUCGAAAGAGCCGCUAAUUUGAACAGGUGUUCAACUUUGACACUAUCCGAGCUCUGCUGGGUUCCAGUCCAGGUUGAGCAGUUUGCUUCUUCUUCUUCACAUUGCUUUCUCUCUCUCUUGGGUUCCAGCCUAGGUCAGCCUUCUUCUCAACUGUUCUGGUUGAAGAAAAGGAAGAUUUUGUUAUUUGGAAAUGGGGAAAUUGAGGAAUGUUGACUGUCAAGUCUUUCUAAAACAAAAUGGGAGGAUCUACAAACUGGAGAUUAGUAGUGGCGGAGCAUGAUGGAAUAUGGACUUCCACAGAGACAGGGGCAGCUAUUCUGUUUUACAAGGAACCUCCAUGAUUAGCUGCAGAAGUUUCAUUUUGGAUUGAGUGAGGCCUUGCAUUUGUUACCGAACGGAUCGACUUCUCUAGAACCCAAUCCCUACUUAUUACAGGUCAUGAUUGAUUUGCGGACAAGAUUAGGCAAGAUAAGUUAUGCAAGGAUUACAAUCCCAAGAUAAGUUAUUUUGACGAGGUUGUGACGAAAGUGUUAUUUUGGGAUAGGUUGUCACCCUUCUCGCUGGGACAAGGGUGAAACUUGUUCUUCUUGUUUGCUCUUUUUUGUUGUAAUAAUAAUUAAAAAUGAUUAUGUA